AUGGCGACGACCACAACGUCCGGCCUGACGCGGCGCAGGGGAGCAGGGGGCGGCGGCGCGGGGUCAGGGGCAGGAUCGGGCGCGGAUGAGGAACGGCGCGCCACCCCGUCCAUUGGGCCGCCGAUUACGAGCUACGAGAACGGCGAGAGUGGGCAUCGCAUCGCCUAUGACCCCCACGACAUCAGCGAGAGCGCUGAACGCAGCAAGCAGCCCAAGCUUACCCUCAUGGAGGAGGUGCUGCUGCUGGGGCUGAAGGAUAAGCAGGGCUAUCUCUCUUUCUGGAAUGACAAUAUUUCAUACGCGCUGCGCGGCUGCAUUGUCCUCGAGCUGGCCUUCCGUGGCCGUAUAGCCAUGCAGAAGAACCCCUCGCGCCGUAGUUUCCCCCUGCCCGAUCGCAUCAUCGAGGUUAUCGAUGACACCCUCACCGGCGAAGUGCUGCUGGAUGAGGCCCUCAAAAUGAUGAAGACGAGCGAAAAGAUGAGCGUGAGCAACUGGAUCGACCUCAUGAGCGGUGAAACAUGGAACCUCAUGAAGAUUGGCUACCAGCUCAAGCAAGUACGCGAGCGCCUGGCCAAGGGCCUUGUUGACAAGGGCAUUCUGCGUACCGAGAAGCGCAACUUCCUGCUCUUCGAUAUGGCCACACACCCCGUCGUCGAUACCGGCGCGAAGGAGGACAUCCGCCGGCGCGUGCGCAACGUGCUGACGCAGCGCACCGUCGUGCUGAACCCAUCACAGUGGCUGCCCGAGGGCCUCGAGUUCCGCUACCUGCGCACCGUCGCCAUGGUGUGCGCCGCGUACGCGGCCAACGUGCUCGAGAACGCUCUGUCCACGCUCGGCCACGAGGCUCGCGAGCGCGCCUUCAACCAGACCGAUGAGCUGCUUGCGGAUUACAGCCAGUGGCCAUUUGGCCGGAAGGCUGUGCAUAAUGAGAUCGGGGAGAACCUCCCACAGGUGAUUGCUGAGGAAGUCAACAAGUACCCCGAGAGGGAACUCCAGCUGGAGGUCGUUGCCGCCUGCCUCGCUGUCUUCACCCGCCUCGACUCGCUGCUCUGA